CAGAACCAUCCGAAGUACCCAUUGCACUGGGUCGCACAACUGCACGAGGUAUGAUUACUGCGGAAGGAGGCCUUAGAGGCAAACUCGAUGUGCCCGAGGCGGUGUAGGACUAGGAUAUACUUUCCAACCGAGGGGCGAACAAUCGAUAUCCUGGUGUAAGACCAGACGCAAGGAAUGCCUUCCAGGAGAUGGAAGAAUUCCAGAAAGCAAACCGCCAAUGGAAAGCUGAACUGCAGGUGCGCCAGUGAACCUUGGUGAUCUCCCCUGGAAUCACCGAGCCAGACGGGUAGUGUCGUGCUGAUGCAUCGGCGUCAUGUCGGACUUGAUAUCUGCCUUGCAUCCUGCUCAGCAGUCGGGACGCGAAGAGGACAUGUGCCGAAAUAGGCAUGUCUCUCCCGGCGCAUCUUCCAACGUGUCCAGCCCUUCGCUUUCGCUAUCAAGAUUAGGUUUCAAGAUUCACACCUGCGAUGGAACGGGAGCCUGGGACCAUGCCAGAUCGUGGAGGGUAUCCCGUGCGUGUAAGGGAUUUGAUUCGCUCAGCUUAGCGCAACGUUUGACGCUUUACCAGAUGAGAGUAAUGUAUGCAGCGCUUACGAUCCCGUCACCGAGAAAUCUGUGUGUUCCUCGGGUUGGCGUCUGGCUUUUCAUAUUAUGUGCAGCCUGCACGUCAGUCUUGGGGGAUAUUUUCUUAGCGCCUCACGCCUGCGGCUUGGCCGUCUUGCAACCCAACGUCUUCUCGCCCGUCAAUGAAAAUAUACACGGAUCAAGUGCUCUCGCAUGAGAGUGCAACUCAGAAAGAGUGUACUCCGCCAGAGCCACGAAGCGGAGGCCUAGCGAUAUCGACGUAUGAUGACUCUAUCGGACGUGGGAGCUCGUCGGGACGCCGGUGUCAAAGGGACGAAGAUCUCUAGAAAGAAUUUCAUGAAUAUUAUGAAUGAGUGCUCAGUCAAUUCACAUCAAAAGAGUGGC